GUGAACCGUGCCUGACUCACAUGAGCACAGCUUUAAAAGUCAUCAGGUUUCAGUGAGCUUUGUGUGCAGUGACUUCAAGGCUCCUGCUGCUAAUACAAGUUUCCCCAAGUCAAGGGAAUGAAGAUGCAAGGCAAGGUGCUCUUUGUGUUUCUUCUUCAAAGCCUUUUUCUGGCAAAUGUGUCUCCAGAACCCUCCUCUGAGGAAGACAGCAGCAGUGAGAUCCACCAUGAAGAGCAACACAAAAGUGGAUCCCAUGGACACUGGAAAUACGAUGAUCAGAACACAUGGUCCUUAGACUUUAAAAACUGCAGUGGCAAAUCUCAGUCCCCCAUCAACAUUGACACCAGAGCAGCCAUAUUCACCCCAUCACUACCUCAGAUUGUUCUGCAAGGAUAUGAUCUGUCAGAUGAAGAGAAACUGACGUUGCACAACAACGGGCACACCUUGCAGUUGAGCCUGCCUGACACCAUGCGCAUAGUCAGGGGAUUCGACAACGUGUUUGUAGCCGCCCAGCUCCACUUCCACUGGGGGACCGUAAAGGUUCCGGGAUCAGAACACACUGUCGAUGGGCUCCGCUUUCCUGCAGAGAUCCACGUGGUUCACUACAAUGCUAAAUACAACAAUUCGUCAGAAGCAGCUAGCAAACCCGAUGGCUUAGCAGUGCUUGGUGCUUUCAUAGAGAUUGGUCCACAAGAAAAUGCCAACUAUGAUAACAUCCUUUCAUCUUUGACUGAUGUCAGUAUAGAAGAAUCGGAUACAGAGAUUCCUGGCUUUAAUGUUAGGUUUCUGUUGCCACCCAAUCUGGACCACUUUUACCGCUACAAUGGGUCGCUCACCACACCUCCCUGUUUUCAGACUGUUAAUUGGACUAUCUUUAAUGAUACCGUCAAAGUUUCAAGAAAACAGCUUUCAGAACUUGAGGACACACUGAAAGCCGGGCAUGACACAAUACUAUCCAAGAACUUCAGAGCCCCCCAGUUACUGUAUGGGAGGAGAGUUCUGUCUUCCUUUGAGGCACUCAGCAGUCCUGGAGGGGUGAGCAGUAGAGGUACUCAAGACACUUCAAGUGGAAAAUCCUCAAGGCAAGGUGCCGGACUGGGCUCAGGUGAAGAUUCAUCUGAAAGAGACUUGACAGAUAAAGAUGCAAAGUUUGCCUUGGGCCUAGGCGAGAUAUUAGCUAUUGUCUUCGGGGCUCUUUUCAUAGUGACAUUAUUAUCUUUUAUAAUGUACAUGGUUCAACAGCGAAAGAAAAACGCAAGAUUGAGAAAGGCUAUUAGGCAGAAUGUUAUCUACACACCUGCAUCCAAGGAAGGGGUGUAACCUGAAGGAACCAAGUUUAAUAUUCAAUUCAGACUACUACUUUAAGAAGGCUAAAAAUGCUGGUGAAGACGACGACAACAGUGCACCAACUUCGACUGUAGACAUAAACAAAGCUACUGAAUCACUGGCAUAUAAAGCAUCCUGACAAGUGAAAGAGAAUUAGAUAGUAUUACCUAUUAUGUGUGUUACUAGAAGUUCAGUAUACAAAUAAAAUGUGAAUUCGUAUAAUAAUUCUUGUUUAAAAAAAUCAAUGUUUUAGUGGCGUUUUGGUAUCUUCAGUUUUAGGACUAUACCACUGGUCCUUUACUUAUUUGGCAACUCUGUGACACAGUAGGUACUAUAUUAAUUAUCUAAACAGUGGCAGACACAAAUACAGCGGUCCUUUAGCUAUGCUAAUCCUGCUGCUGUUCUCCCCCAUAUACAACAAACUUAGACAAGAGGUCUGGCACGAUCCGUGUCCGAGACGAAGAAAUAAGUAUGAACGUCUCUUUUCAAUUCAUAAUGUUUGGUUCUCUGACCUUACUGUCUUUGAACUGGAACAUCAGUUCAAAGAGGAAAGGACAGGUUGCACUUAUGGCAAGUGAUGGAAAAAUAGAACAUAUUUCAAAGCUAGAAAUCCCUAUGGUAAAAGGAAGAGAGACUGUGGUCAGAACAAGGUAUGUAGAGUGCACCAGACCACAUCCCAUGUUAGCUCAAGUUCGUUUACACAUUUUGAACCAGAAUUUUGAAAGUAGGAGUGCACCAAUAACAGUCCAUAUUAAGCAGAGCCCAUUAAAAUCAGCUCAAUGUCAGCAUUUAGAAUUAAGUGGGAAUUAAAUGAUAGCAAAACAGAUGAGCCUCCAGCCUGCUAAGAACAACUAGGUCGGAGUGCUUUAAAGCCUAGGAAGGGUAGAUAUCCUAACCUGAACCUGCAAGAGGUACUGACUUCUUGAAAUCUGUAAGGGUUGAACUCAUUCUCAUUCUUUUGAUGAACUUUACUUGUUGAACUUACUCCCUUUGUUGAAAUAUUUUUAUUUUACUUAAAAGCUUAGGCUGUUUGAUACACAUUGGUUUUAAAACUCCAUGUGGGAGAAU